CAAUUUCGCAACUACAAAAAUAGUAUCGUGUGGUUCGAUAUUUGCGCUAGCUUUUGGAUGAGACCACACACUCGCCCGUCCAUCAUAACUAUUGUCUGAUAAAUUGACGGAUUAUUUUCUUGCUGUUGUGUGUAAUUUAUUGAUUAGAAGCUCUACUGUGAAGUGACAAAAAACCCAUUAAAUAAAUCUUUUGUGACAACGACAACAUGGAUGGAGCGAGUACGGUUUAUUCUAAUAAUAGUAGCCUUAAUGGUGGCACCAUGAAUGGAUCUUCCGGUAGUCAAAUAACCAAUGGCACUGUACGUAAUAGAGAUUCUUGGGAAGAAGUCACUAUUGAGGUGCCCUGGGGUACAGUACAAGGAAAAUGGUGGGGAAGUCGUAAUAAACAACCAAUACUAGCAUUGCACGGAUGGCAAGAUAAUUGUGGUAGCUUCGAUAGAUUAUGCCCACUUAUGCCACCAGAGAUACCCGUCCUGUGCAUUGAUUUACCAGGUCAUGGAAAAUCUUCACAUUACCCCAAAGGCAUGCAAUAUUUCAUAUUUUGGGAUGGUAUAUGUCUGAUUCGUCGCAUUGUACGCAAAUAUGGCUGGAAACGUGUGACUUUAAUGGGCCACUCCUUGGGUGGUGCUCUAACGUUUAUGUAUGCCGCUAGUUUCCCCACAGAGGUGGAAAAAUUAAUAAAUAUUGACAUUGCUGGGCCCACAGUGCGCAGUAUUGAACGUCAUGCCGACAUAACGGGAUGGGCAUUAGAUAAAUUUUUGGACUAUGAAACAUUACCUGAAACCAAAGUACCUUGUUAUACGUACGACGAAAUGGUGAAACUGGUCUUAGAUGCUUAUGACGGCUCCGUUGAUGAGUAUUCGGUAAAGAUAUUGAUGGAACGUGGUAUGGAAACGGCACCCCAACAUUUGCACAAAAACGGUUAUCACUUUUCCAGAGAUUUACGUUUAAAAAUCUCUCUACUUGGUAUGUUUACAGCUGAACAAGUAUUAGCCUAUGCCAAACGUAUACGCUGUAAAGUUUUAAACAUUCGCGGCAAUCCGGGCAUGAAAUUUGAAAAUCCUCAAGUCUACGAACAAGUUAUUGAAACUCUAAAAGAAAAUGCUGAACUUGUGAUAUACAAAGAAGUACCUGGCACACAUCACUUGCAUCUUUGCACACCGGAACGUGUGGCUCCGCUUAUAAAUGAGUUUUUAUUAGAAGCUUAAUGGAAAUAAAUACAAACAAAAGCUGUAAAAUCAGUAGGGGUGCAAGUGUGAGGCUUAAUUAAUUAAGUUUCUUUAAGAUAAUUUUAUAAGUUGUAUUAUUUUUAAAUUUAAAUUUUUAGAAAAAGAGAGAAAUAAGCUUUUGCUGUUUUAUGAAUAUACAUAAACAUUUUAGUGAUAUAGGUACAUACAUAUACUUACAUAUUUUUGAAUCACUUAUACUUACAAUUCUAAAUUGUUAAUUUUAGCAAAAUUAUUGUAGUAAAUAUCAGUUUGAAGACACAACUAUUUAUUUUUUGAAAUAACUUACGUUUUAAGAAUGAAAUUUACUAAAAAAAACAUUGUAAACUUAUAACACUUUUUCCAUUUCAAAUUAAAAAAAUAGUGAAACUCUUUCACAAAUAACUAAA